AUGUCGUCUCCCCCACCCGCCCAGAACGAAGGCGUGUCGAUUUCGAUCUGCGCCCGUGAUCCCACACGCACGUUGGAUGAUGUGCCCAAGACCAUUCCGCUGUCGUCGAACCGGCAGUUGCGCAAGUCGAUCGGUCUCCAACCCGGCGACGAUGACGCCACGAACCGCGUCGCAGGCAGCGUACCCUUGACCCUGCCCGCUAUCUUGCGGCAUAGCAAAACCAAGGUCAAUUCGGGGACGACGAGGAGUGAAGAGAAACCACCGAGGGCGAGUACAUCGAGUGGCAAGAGAACUGAAGAGAUCAGUGGCAAGCGACGCAGGAGACGCUUUGAGAAUGGUCCGUACGAGUUUGAUCGUACUGUGAGUCCAUAGCACAGAUGCUUCGUUGUCCUGACCGUCGUCUACCACAACGCUACAGCCCAACUGGCGGGGAACCCCCACAUCACGCGGCCCUCGCGCAUCGAUCUCUUUCCGGGUCCCGUCCCACCGGCCUCGACAACGUUCGUCCCGCCGCCCAAGAGCUUUUCUCGAUCCGUCUACGUCCCCCGGUCCACCGCAGUCGACGGACCGUUACCGCAAGACCCUUCCUCGACGACUCUUGGCGCCUUUUCCCUGUCGCUUAGGGGUCUCCGACGAGAAAUCCGAGCCAUGUCGGGCCGUCGACCGAACUCGUCGCUACAAGGCAUCAACCGCACCGAGGAGCUCGUCAACACGAUCGAAUCGCAACUUCACGAUUGGUUGUCCAUGUCGACCGCUCGGACCCCGGCUGGAUACUACCACGUUUCACCAACCUCGGUCGACAUGUCAUCACGGCUCGUCGGGGGGCGAGUGAUUGAUGCGACACCCGUCGAGGACUGGUCGCCUCCCAGCACCGCCAUCGGUGCUAGGGACGACGACCUUCUUUCAGACCUACCAACCUCUUCGUCUCGUCGUACUGGUUCCAAGACCAUUCCGGAACCACCAGCGUCGAUCACCGAGACUCUUCGUUCGCCUUCGCAGCUCGUCUGGUCGUUGCCCUCUCCCCACGCACGGUACCUCCUCCACGCCGUCGCUCGCUAUUACCGCCUCCACUCGUUUUCCCGCGCCAUCUCACCCCUCGACCCUCAUGUGCGAGUGACGCAUGUCCUGCGCACGACCAUGCUUCGACCCACCGUGGGAGGCUUUGAUUUCGAGACCCCACCCGCGACGGAUCUGUCCGAAUUUUCAGCGACCUCGGCCUCUGAAGAAUCCGACGCCACGUCUUCCGUUCACGGUGAUGAUGAAGCGGACACGGGUUCGGAAUACGAGUACGCGGGCGACGAGACAUUCGAGACGAUCCGACCCCAGGUCUGGACCGCGGGGUCGAGCUCAGAGCAUGAAGAGGCUUUCGUCACCGAUGACGAAGCGUCGACGACCGAUGAUGGCGGUUUGACCGAAUCGGAAUCCAUCUCUUCGAGUAUCGCCGAUCUGGCCAUGGCCGACUCUGUCCUUGUUCGCCCCACCGUCUUGCCUUAUCGUUCCUCGCCACUGAACGGCGCGGGGCGGCCAUCGUUUAGCGAUGCCCGUCCUUCCCGCUCCGCACAACGAGCGCGUACGCAUAACUUGUCAGACUCGAGUCCAUCUCACAGCCCCGAUCGUCAGGCCCGACCGAUCGUAGGCCCUGUCGCGACGUUCGGUGCCGCCCGUGCGGGGGAUUGGGCUUUACCCACCAGGUCUUUUGUCGAUUUCUUAUACGCUUAA